UUGGGCUCUGGUCAAACUGUAGCCAUUAUUGUUAUGUGUGUGGUUGUAUUACCAGCCAUUCUACUCGCUUUCAUAUUUUGUCUCUACAAGAAACACAGAUCAAGAAAGGAUGACGACGACGGUGAGACUCUUGAUUUUGUGCCUGGAAUAUUCAAUCGAACAACAACUCCACAAUACGGAUACGACGAAUGCGAUACAAAACCUCAUCCUGGUCCUAAUAGUGGCAGCACGUAUGUUAAUAUUUCUGGAUCUGAGAGACGAAUUCGACAGCCUUCUCUAACGUUGGUGACCUUACCUGGAGAACAUGAAGUCAAGAGUGGCAGUUUGCCUCUACAGAAAGUUGAUAUUUUGUCAUCAGAUUAUUGUGAGAAGACUAUGGAAGAGCUGCUGCAAGAAUCAUAUGUUGAUAUGAAGGCUCGAACAAGUGGCAUUGUAUCUAAACUGGCUUUUAUCAAAACGAUGGAACGAGCAUCACCUGAUGGAAGUCAUACUCCUGCAGUGGUGAGUGUCACCUCCUCUAAGAAAGUGGGAAUUGUGGAUGAUGACAAGACAGCUCAAUCGAGUCCAGGCAGCUCGGGGUAUGCUCCAUGUGCUUCAGAACUGAAUGACACAACUCAUGGACACGAACUGAAAGCAAGCGUAUACAACGAUGUGUUGACUUUGGGUGAAGAUAAUCAGGAACACGAUCACGUGGAUAUACAAACAGUCGAGCCCAACAAAAAUGAUGAAAAUGGCCAGUUUGAUGACGCUGAAAACACAUACAUGGAGAUGAAACUGUUCGUAUCCAAUAAACAGAACGAGACAGGCAAGAAAUAUGAAGUCGGUAAAUGAGUCUCAAGGUGGAAAGAGUCUGUCCACACUAAAAAGUGUGAUGAUGACAACAUGGAACAUUGGGAACAGGUUGGUAGAUUAGAGUAGAGAAGUCAUAGACAUCAGUAGUUACUAAUCUCUAUUCAUAUGCUCGCCCUAUGUAAGCCAUCCCCAUAGAUUUAUAGAACUGCAUGCUGGCAUAUCAGUAAUUAAUUAAUAGACAUAUCUAUUGUGCUGUAGCCUGUAGGAUAGUAGACUGGUAUAUAC